CCAAUGCGGGAGUUGGUGGGGCACAAAUGAAGUGAGAAGGACCCUGAAAGCUGCUGAAUCCCCUUUUGCGGCAGCCAAGGCUUCUGGAGUUUACUUUGCUGGCUCCGAUCCAAAAUCUUUCUCGGCUCUUCUUGGUUCCCAAGAGAUGAAUGUAAAGCUGUUGACGAUCCUAGAGUGAAAAAUGACUUGGUGGAACUGGUUUCACUUUUCCUUUCAGUGCUAUGGCAGCCUGUUGAGGCCCCCAAGGAGCCUCCUGUUCCUACAAAAUCCUGCCACUUCUUUUGUUUUCUCAUCGAGAUGGAAGAACCCCGUCAUCUCUGGAAGCCAUGCUUAUUGUUGAAUUGUAAAGAUACAAGCUUCCAGUGAUGAGACCUUAGGAUUCAGAAAUGUAUCCUUUCUUCUUCUCUUUUGAAAAUAAUGUUUGUUUGUUCUGAGACGGAGUCUUGCCCUCUUGCCCAGGCUGGAGUGCAGUGGUGCAAUCUUGGCUCAUUCCAACUUCGGCUUCCUGGGUUCAAGUGAUUCUCCUGCCUCAGACUCUGGAGUAGCUGGGAUUACAGGUUCCAACACCAUGCCCAGCUAAUUUUUGUAUUUUUCGUAGAGACGGUGUUUCACCAUUUUGGUCACGCUGGUCUGAGACUCCUGACCUCAAGUAAUCUAUCCGCCUCAGAUUCCCAAAGUGUUGAGAUUGCAGGCCUGAGCCACCACACCCGGCCUGUUUGUUUAUUUCUGAUGUCAGGUCUUUUGAUCCUAGCCCCUCAGGUUUCCUGUGCUGUCCUCACCAAGGAUCCAGAGGGAGAAUCUGCCAGUUCUCCUAUAAGCCCUGUGGCAGCCAUGCCUCCUCGAGGCACCCACGUCCAAGCCAGAUGUAAAGCUCAAAUGGACCUGCUGGGUGAAGGGGGGAUCUGCAAGCUGCCAGGAAGACUCCGCAUCCAGCCCACACUGUGGAGCAGGGAGGACGUGCUGCACUGGCUGCACUGGGCAGAGCAGGAGUACUCUCUGCCACGCACUGCGGAGCACAGGUUCGAGAUGAACGGACGUGCCCUCUGCAUCCUCACCAAGGACGACUUCCGGCACCGCGCGCCCAGCUCAGGCGACGUCCUGUAUGAGUUGCUGCAGUACAUCAAGACCCAGAGGCAAGCCCUGGUGUGUGGGCCCUUUUUUGGAGGGGACUUCAGGCUGCAGAUGCCCACCCAGCACUCUCCUGUCCUCCCAGAAGAGGUGACUGGCCCCUCUCAGAUGGACCCCCAAAGGGGCCUCCUACUGCAGCCACCAGACUCAGGCCUUACCAGCUCCUUCAGCCACCCGGAUGGCCCUGGCCUGGCCAGGUGGACGCUUGGCAAGGAGGAGUCCCUCAACUUACGUCACUGUGCAGAGCUCGGCUGCAGGACCCAGGGGGUCUGUUCCAUCCCCGGUUUGCCACAGGCUCCCAUUGACGGCAAGAUCGCUGACUGCCGGCUGCUAUGGGAUUACGUGUAUCAGCUGCUCCUUGACACCCGAUAUGAGCCUUAUAUCAGGUGGGAAGACAAGGACGCCAAGAUCUUCCGAGUUGUGGAUCCAAAUGGGCUCGCCAGACUGUGGGGAAAUCACAAGAACCAGAUGAACAUGACCUACGAGAAGAUGUCUCGUGCCCUGCGCCACUAUUAUAAGCUGAAUAUCAUUAAGAAGGAACCAGGGCAGAAACUUCUGUUCCAAUUUCUAAAGACUCCGGGAAAGAUGGUCCAGGACAAGGACAGCCACCUGGAGCCACUGGAGAGCCAGGAGCAGGACAGAAUGGAGUUCAAGGACAAGUCCAGAAAUCUCUCCAUGAAGGGCAGGUGGACUCCAGGCCCCUGGUACUGAUGGGCUCAGAUGACUCUCCUGUGAAGGCAGCCUCCUCCUCCCAGGACAGCAGCAGGGUCUCCAGCCAGUCUCUACCCACAGGGUGACAGCCACUGCUUGGGAGGGCUGGGAGGACUCCUGUCCAGGACACUCGGUGGGAGUGUCAUCUUUUCAGCCGGGUGAUCCUGGGGCUAAAUGGGGCACAGGGGAGUGGACUCUCCCCUGCUUCACCACUGGGAGAGGGAGCCAGGCACUGAUAGAGCAUUCAGCCCCACCUCAGUAAAUGGAAUUUACGGAUGAAGGGAGUGAGGUCUCUCACUGAGCCUCCAAUUUCCUCACCUGUGAAAGGGGGUGCUCCUGAAAACCCACCCUCAGGGGCUGAUGCAGGAAAUGGGAAAAGAUGUUAGUGCUUUGAGGCAGCACUGACAGCCUCAGUAAUAAUAAAAAUAAUGGUAGCA